CUGGGGGAGAUGUUUCCAUCAGGACGUUGUUGAAACACCAGCUGGGAUCAGACCUUGCUCUUGGCCCUGGGGGAUGUGUCCUAACUGCCUGGGCUGGGGCCCCCGCCAUGGUAGCCGGCGCUGAAGGGAGCCCAGAGAUGAUUUUUCUGGCACCCAGGACGAAGCUUCAAACAUUGAAAUCUGGGAAGACGAAAGCCAGUGACGCAGAGUGCCCCUGAGUUUGCCUGAGGGGAAUUGGAGCGUGGAGCCCAGAGUCCUGCCCCGCCGCCGCGCCCCUGCAGGUCUCUAGGACGUCCCGCGGGUGGCGCCACGCAGAGACUGGGUGCCCAGCGCGGUUCCUUCUGCGUCCACAGAGCCUGAGCCUCACCGACGCCCCCGCAGCCGCCCUGCAAGCUCACCAUGCUGACAGAAGACAUGAAGUUCUGGCACGGCUUGGUGAUCGCAGUGGUGUCCAUCAUCCUACAGACCUGCCUCUUCGCCGCCGUCAACUACCUGCUCAGCAGGCACAUGGCCAACGAGAGUGAGCGGAUACUGAAAGGGGCCAGGCUCCAGGCCCCCUGGCCCAGCCCUGCCCACCGUCAGCCAUGCGCCGCCAAGGAAGAGACGCAAGGCGCCCCUGUGCCUGAGUCCCGUUGCAGGCGUGACAGUGACACAUCCUCAGACAGCUCCAGCAGCUCGGACGUCUCUGGGAGCUCGCCGGCCACCUGCCAGGCCACCAAGGAUGUGAAUUACACACAAGUGGUCUUUUCAACCCCUGGAGGACUAAAAAAUGAAUGUGCCCUGGACUAUGAGAACAUAAAGGAAACCACAGACUAUGUCAAUGUCAAUCCAAAAAGCCACAGGCCCAAUUUCUGGACUUUUGUGAACCCUGCCGACCCUGAGUCAGUAGAAUACACUCAGGUGGCCAUGUGAGUUCUAGGGUUCCAAUGAGGUGCAGUUCUCUACAAAUUCUUGCACUUAUUUUGUAAGGGAAUAACUUUUGUUUUUUAACCAAGACAUAGAAGGAUAAGUAGGCCUGUAACUCACUCAGCAAGAAAGAUUCAGAUCAGACGUCAAGUAGAACUUCCAGGAUAAAGAUGAAUGAGUGGAGAUAGCAAUAGAGAAAGCGGUAACGCCUUUCUCCAUAGAAAAUUGUGAGAAAAAUGUUUCAUCAGCUGUAGUAGAGUUCUGUUUGGUAACCUUACCCUUAAGAUGACUCACUGAGCUCUUUAAUUUUUUGCCAAUAAACGACUUCCUUAAAAUUUUUAAAUGAAACGGCAACUGCCAGUUCCUCUUUUCCUCCGGCCUGACCCUGCACGCUGCCCCUUUUCAGGGCUGUGUCUGGCUGAGCAUUGCCGCUCUGCCCUCAGCACUUUAAACAGGCCACUUAGGAAGCCCACCAUCAUCCAACCUUCGAAUUCCCUGUUUUUUUGGGAACAAACAAUGACAGAGAUAAACCCCAACUAGCAUCACAAUCUGGGAUCCCAGGGGAAAACCUCCCCAAAUUCAAUCCAAUAGAAUGUAAUAUUCUUUUCUGGAUUGUUCUUUGUUUGCUUGCUUAAAGCCGGUUAGGAAUACAAGGGCACUUUCUUAGCUUGAUUAAGAAUAGCUUGUUUCAGGGGGGACUGGGUGGCUCAGUUGGUUAAGCAUCAGACUCUGCAUCUCA